AUGACAAACUAUUCACACGUAUAUACCCAGGGCUGCCAUCAUGUAGCCUUUAAAACUGUUACCGCCAUAUUUUUCAUAUUUUCAUCUUUCAUUGGUGAUGGAUUUGCUCAGGACUUGGUUGGAGGAUUAGAAAAUAUCGGAGUCGGUUAUGAUUUACUGAAGGGUAACCCCGAUGACGGGGCCCUUAACAAGGGAGGAGUCGACCCCGGCAUUCAUCUGGCGCAUAAGAUAUAUAAGAUGACAUUCAAAGAAGGGAAAACGAGUGUGGGUAAAAAGGUGCCCGACCAAACUAUUUACGUUCCCGACACGAGCUGUGCGACUAAGGCGACAAACGAUAUGUAUUACGGGACGAAGAGUUACCAAAAGAAACUCGGCGCCGACGUGGAAGUCUCCGCUAGCUUCGGUAUUCCCGCUCUGGCUUCUGCCGAAUUCUCUGCGAGUGCUGGUUACAAGAAGGAGGAGUCGAACUCGAAGAUAGAGAAAAACGUGUUCAUGGAGUCCUGGAAGAUCUGCAACUAUGGAUCAGCGCGCUACCGAGAUGAACUCAACGCCAAGUAUGAUCUAACAGAUGGAGUCAUUGCAGAUGGCUGUAAGCUCGGCACAGGAAAAUCGGAUGAUUCGCAUAAGAAUUUCAUCUCGAAGUGGGGGACGCAUAUCAUCAUUGAGGCAAAGCUUGGAACUAAGAACAUGGAGCGCACGAAAACAUCACUUGGAGAAGUGGUGAGCUUUGCUAUGAAAGAUGUGAGUGGCGGAGUCAGUGCUGGUGGGUCCUACCAAGGAGUUGGAGCGUCGCUAUCGGUGUCGGCUAGCAAGUUAACUAAGAAUGCUAAGUUCAGCUCGUUCGCAAAAGGCAAAAAGGAGACAUUAAACAGAGGAUCAAAGGAUAGACCAGCGCCCAUUAGUAUGAAACUCAUAGGGAUCCAUUCGAUAUUUGUACCACAUUUCUGGAAGAACGCCCCGUGCAAACCGUCUGAUGCUACUAUCACAAAGAUACAGGCUAACGUCAAGAAAGCCUUGGAAAACUACAACAUCUUUCUUAAUGUAUUUCCUCCGACAGAGGACAAGAACAAUCUGAGAGUAGCGUUAACUUGGCCAAAGGGUCGCUAUGUGUUACCUGAGACAAACAAAGGAUGUCCUCAAACUAGCUGGGCGAAGGGAAGUCGUGUGCAGGACACGGGCAAUAAGAACAUGUUCCCAUCGAAUAACCACUGGCCAACCGGUACCCUUUCCAAGGCACAGAUCACCCAGUCAUUUUGCACCAAGAGUAACACGAAAGGGACAUUGCUGUGGCCUGCUGGAUCUUACUGCAUCAUCAAGGCGAAGGCGUUAUCCUGUCCUGAAGGGUUUGACGAAGGCUCGAUCUCAUGGGACGACAAGGGUAGCCUUUCAGACAACACGGCCAAGAUAAAAGGCCAGAUGCCUAGUGGGGAUUUUGGCAAGAACACCAAAGUUGACUAUUGCUGCCGAGAAGAUAGUCUUGCUUCCAAAGCCAUCUUUCUACCAACCGAUUCUCCUUUCUACCUGAUGGCAAAAAGCAAUAACUGUCAGAAGGUGGAUAACUUAAAAGUUACCCCGGAGGUCAUACAAUGGGAUGAGGAGAGCUUGAUGAAUAAAAGUGAUCGGUCCGGUUCCUACCCAUACGAUGCUUCGGUGAAUGCAAAGGGCAAACAUCACAAGCUUACCUUUUGCUAUUACGGCAAAUACUAGUAUAUAUUUUCAUACGGGUCAAGUUUGAUAAAUGUAAUGUUGUUCUUCUCAAACGUAAAACACGGCUUGUUUUA